UUGUUUAUAUUUGUGUGCUUUUUACAGCCUAUUACAUGCCGCGCUGCUGUAGCUUGGGAAGCCAACAAACCUCUUGUCAUAGAAACCAUCGAGGUGGCCCCACCUAACGUUGGAGAAGUACGCGUCAAGCUCGUGGCCGCUGGUGUAUGUCACUCAGACGAAAAUUUCCGGAAGGGACAUUCAGACGACGUUUUCCCAGGAGUGUUUGGUCACGAGGCAAGUGGGAUUAUUGAAAGCAUUGGUGAAGGAGUCAGAUCAGUGAAGCCUGGUAUUGCAUUUAUAUUAAAUGUUACUACAAUCAAGUAGCUUUCGAGAGACUACCUAACGAUAUACAUGCAGGUUUGAGUACCAUCGAGAAAUGAAAACGAAGCCAGUUGAAUAAUGGUUUUAAAUGACAGUCUGCAGAAGGCUUCCUGAGCAUCAGUUUCGUGGAUAAUUGAUCAUUUCUGAUUGUUUCAAGAUUUCCGCAAGUGCUCACCUGAAAGUACGAGUACGACAUGCGCUACUCUUGUACCUAGUUUUCUCACGACCAUGUUUACAGUGGAACACUACAAAACAAAAGAAAUAUCUAGGAAAGAAAUUUAAAACUGCAAAACAAACGUCAUUCUUUUGACUAAAUCAGGCGAGCGGAAGUAGGUGCGAGGGCUUGAGGAGGAGAGCGUCAAUUUUCGCAAGUGAUUUCCGCCUUGCGACCUUUUUGCGUUCCCGUGAAAAAUGUCAAACAAAAAUUUGCCUGUGCAAAGGAGACAAUUUGAAGCGCUUCGAUGGUCCCUUUUUUUGCCUUCAAAACUGAUUAACCUUGGGUGUAUUUGCCUGAAAUGCUAAAUAUCCUCUCUUGUUCACAGGUGAUCAUGUGAUACCGCUGCUCCUUGCUGAAUGCGGGGAGUGUGCAUUUUGCAAGAACUCAAGGACUAAUUUUUGUGUCAGGUAGAAUUUUUUGUGGAGAAAAAUUUGUUGUGUAUUACGAGGGAACUUAAGUAGUCAGGACGGCAACGUCGAGAAAGAAGUCGAUUAAAAAAAUGAAUUUGUAAUUGUAGUUAGAAUUUCGCGAAGGGCUGGAUGUGUUCUCUUACGGCGCCAUACCAUACCAUACCAUAGAAGAGAGAAAAAUGUGAGUUCUCCAAGAGGAUUCAAGGCACAAGUAUUUCGAUUUCGCGGUACCAUACUCUACCAACCCACCCACAGGGAGCAAGUUUGCGAUCUUUGCCAAAGUCAAUUUAUAAGUAAUGACCUCGAUGGGGAGGUAACCGUUAGCCGUGAAACGACCAAAAAUUUGGGCGUUAAGAGGGAAAAAGAUGACAAAUUUUAACCGCUAGUCGUAAAAAAAAAAACUAACCUAAUUUUUUUUAUUUUAUUCGCUAAAGAAGAAAGUUAACCGUCAGCCAUAAAAACCCGUCAGACCAUUGAGAUCCUUUUAGAUGCGAUUGCUGCGAUAUGCGUUGGCAUAUUGCUGCAAUCAGUGGGGGUGGAGGGGAGAGCAACGCUGUUUGAUUAACCUUUUCGCUCGCAAGAUCUUCUCAGUAAUUCUCCUUACGGUCAGCCGUACAAUUCCUAUGAUGAUAGCCUAGAGAAUCCGGUAUUGGAUCAACUGAUAAUCCCCUAAUUACUAUUUCUGCUCGAUAUUGUAAUGUUACUGUAAGGAGAAAUUCUGUCUUGAUCACUCAUAGGACUUGAAGGUUAAAGUAUGCGGAAAAUUUUUUAUCUUCUGCAUUUUGAACCCAGGCCAAUCGUUAGAAUUUUGUGUAUGGUGCCGCCAUUUUUGAUGGCCCUUCUUGUUAUUGCACACAAGCGUUAUUUACGUCAAGACUGUCUUUUUGCGAAUUUGGAUAAAAGUGCAGUGUGACGUCAUAGGCACGCGGCCAGGUUGCUGGGCAAUUUUAUAAACAGCCCGCAGCGGAGUUUCAAGCUCAUUUGAUCUCCAAGAGUUUUGUUUCGGAAAUUCACAACGAUUCCUUGCAAUUAUCCUGAAUUCAUAGAAAGUUUUCCUUCAAAAAUUUCUGAAAGAUGUAAUUAUGUUAGAUGCUGUUAUAAUCUUCACUGAAUUACCAAUCAAUUAUUUGCCGCUUAAAAUGCUUCAGGGGAGUGCGCAUGAGAGGUGAGAUGCUUGAUGGUACCAAACGGUCCACGUCCCGAGGGAAACCGCUAUGUCAGCUUAUGGGAGUCGGCGCAUUUAGCGAAUACGCUGUCCUCCCAGAAAUAGCUGUUGCCAAGGUGUGUGUACCUGCAAAAACUUAACUCACAGCCUUGUAUACUUAAUUAUAAUGAUAAUGAUAGUAAUAAUUAUGAUAAUAAUAAAAAUAAUGAUAAUAUUCUUUUUUUAUUGAGGGUAGUACGAAAUAUCACAAGAUAAUUUAUUUUUCGCUCCAGUGAAAAACAAAAAGACAAAACAAACUAAACAAAAAAAAAUAAUAAAAUAUUUCAAAGCGCACAACUUUUCCAUACUUACACGAAAUAUAGUACUGUAGUAAUUGUGCUUCAUUUAAUGAAAGUAUACAUAACUGAACAUAUUUUAGCGGUUAUGUUUGAAUGAUUUUCUUGAAAAUGAACUCUUUUAUACAGUUCACUUCAUACAUUCAGGCGGUAGAGGGUGACACUUUCAAUCUCAAGGGCUUGGGUUCGAGCCCCCCACGUUGGGCGAUGGCUAUCUGUCAUUUUAUAAAUUCUUGCCGUGCGAUUUUUGCAAACGCCCAGAAUCUGUCAAUCAAUUGAUUAUUUAUUUAUCCACUUAUAUUGUGGCACGAAAAAACCAGGAUUUGCCACCCCCGUGUAAAUCUAAAGCAAAUGUGGCAUUUACCCCAUUUGCACCACAUUUGCUACGGCUUUGGACCAGAUUUGCUGACAUUUGCACUGUGCAAAUGUGGUGCAAAUCCGUAUUUUCGUUCAGUAUGCAAUUUUUUUUUACAGAUAGCUGAGAGUGUCCCUCUUAAAGAGGCUUGUCUCUUAGGUUGCUGUGUUCCAACUGGAUACGGUGCUGCUGUCAAUGUAGCCAAGGUUUGUGUUAAGAGCGUUCUGCGAUUGAGUGUUAUAAACCGCAACCUAAGGUAAUCACUUUGGCCGACCAGCCCAAAGAAAAUUGACUGAUGUGAAUUCUUUCAAUCGGUCUCGUAUGCUAAAAAUAGAACUGAUCAAGUUGCGCGUUGCGACAGGUUUUUUUUCCUAUGCUUUGGCAGGAUGGUGGCAAAAACUGCUCCAAUUUUUUCCAUGUUACUGUUUGAUAUACAAUAACGCAAGAAAACGAGUAGGAGCAAGUUCAUUGAGGAUUGGGAACCAGUGAGAGUUCGUUCCUCUCCCCUUCCCUUAGGCCUGAACUCUAAAAUCCCAAACUCGGAGACGCUCAAAAUCCAAAUGUAAGGUGGACAGGAGUACGAAGGGGGAGGGGGAGAAGGGAAAUUUGAUGAUGGAACUCCUACAAGUCUUACAACUGCAUGGACUAUUGCUUCUCUGCGCCUGCUGUGAACUACUUAAAACUCAUUUUUUAUUCUUUACCUCGUAAGGUUGAGCCUGGCUCAAGCACAGCUGUGUGGGGACUGGGUGGAGUUGGACUUUCCGCAGUGAUGGGGUGUAAGGCUGCUGGGGCCACAAGAAUUAUUGGUAUUGAUAUUAAACCGGAGAAAUUCCAACUAGGUAAGCGACAUAGCGUGUACUUCAAUUUUACAUUGGACUCACAAUUUUUGCAUUAAAUGUGAAAAUAAGUGAUUUUUUACCGCUGCUUUAAGAGUUAUAUUCAAAUUUAACUCCUCUAAAAUUACAAAAAAAUUUCUUUUUGUACGUACGAAGUUUUACUAUAAGUUGUUGUCAAUUACAAAUCAUUUCAGCGUUUUUCCUUGCAGCUAAAGAACUUGGUUGCACUGAAUGCGUCAACCCUAAAGAUCAUGAGAAGCCUAUACAACAGGUAGACCAAUUUUUCCACAGGCGUAAAAACUAUAUUUUGAUGUUGAAUUUAUGUCACGUAAGUAUUUAUUCUUUGUCGCCUUUUACCCUUCAGUCGCUUACUACUUACAGAACUCUGCUUGGCAGUUAAGUCAAACGUAACCUUUAACAACGUUUUUCCUUGGACAUUCCGUUUCUAAGUUGUCAUGAUCAAUUUAAUUUGCAGGUCUUGAAAGAAAUGACUGAAGGAGGAGUGAAUUACUCAGUUGAAUGUGUUGGAAACGUUGAAACAAUGGUAAAUAGAAACUCUUGAUUGCACUCGUCGACAAAUGCUUGAAAGUCUAUGGUGUAAACUGACCGCAAGUCGACUUAAAAUCAAUUCAAUCGCGUUAGUUUUUUUUAACUCAUUGUCCGCUGAAUAAAUUUUUAGAGUCAGCGCUUGCGCCACUCCAGUAGACGCCUUAAUCCGUCACACUAUCUUCGAUUCCGUCAUUUUUAGAAACUUCGUUUUGUUGCGCAAUGCUUGUGGCAAACAUUGUUUUGACCGGCAUUACCGAACGUGUGUUAGAUAUAAAUCGAGUUAAUAGCCUGGAAUUCUCAGCAGCACGGUUGAGAAAGCAUUCGGCUAUGAAAACGGAAAUGGCUGGGGCUCGAAUCAUCUCGGAGCACUCAUAACUUUCUCUAACCCAUCAUUGUGGCAGGUGUUACACAUCUUUCUUUAAUUUGCAGUAUUUACUACUACCUCUUCGAGGCGAGAAAAAGCCAGCAUGGCAACCAAACUCUUUUUGAAAAAUCUAUCUUGGACAGAAGUUUUUGUCUUUCCAUUGUCUUUCUGUAGAGGGCUGCAUUCGAAGCGAGUCACCCUAUCCUUGGUACAACUGUGCUUGUUGGAAUAGCUCCUCAAGGUGAAGAACUUAAAAUAAAUCCGAGAGAUUGUUUUUUUGGAAGAACCAUCAUAGGAACGCUUUGUGGAGGUAAGAUU